UUCAUCGGAAGUGUAAUGAAAACCCACUCCCUAUGCAGAGAGAGAUGACGGGGAGGCUUAGCUUAGCCAAUUUCAUUGUGUUGCUUUUGAACUUGGCAAGUUUGCUUCCUUCUCUUGCCUGCCCUGAAUGUCCUUACCACCCAACUCCGCCGCCCAAAUGUCCUCCCAAACAUCCUCCCAUUGUGAAACCUCCGUUUCACCCUAAACCACCAAAACAUCCACCGCAUCCUCCCAAACCACCGAAGCCUCCGGUGGUUAACCCUCCAUAUCAUCCUAAACCACCUAAGCAUCCACCGCUUCCUCCCAAAACGCCGAAGCCUCCCGUUGUUAACCCGCCCUACCAUCCUAAACCGCCUAAGCAUCCACCCCAUCCUCCCAAAACGCCGAAGCCUCCGGUUGUUAACCCUCCCUAUCAUCCUAAACCGCCUAAGCAUCCACCCCAUCCUCCUAAGCCUCCGAUCAUAAAACCUCCCUAUGUACCCAAACCACCUGUUGUAAAGCCUCCACCUUACGUACCCAAACCACCUGUUGUAAAGCCUCCACCUUACGUACCCAAACCACCUGUUGUAAAGCCUCCACCUUACGUACCCAAACCUCCUGUGGUUAAACCCCCAACACCUUAUUAUCCAAUACCGCCGGUCAUAUCACCACCAUUUGUGCCUCCAAAGCCUCCGGUCUACCCCAGGCCCCCGAUAGUGAAUCCACCAACACCGCCGAUUCUGCCACCUCCAUCACCUCCUAUCGUGAAGCCACCAACACCAACGCCACCAACUCUGCCUCCUCCAUCACCUCCUAUCGUGAAGCCGCCAACGCCACCAACUCUGCCUCCUCCAUCACCUCCUGUGGUGAAGCCGCCUCCGGUGGAGACACCAUGUCCUCCCCCGCCGCCGCCCGUGCCAUAUCCGUCCCCGCCGGCGCAACAAACAUGCCCCAUCGACACGCUUAAGCUAGGCGCAUGCGUGGACGUGUUAGGUGGUCUGGUGCACAUCGGCAUAGGCAGCAACGCGAAGUCCACGUGCUGCCCCGUGCUUCAAGGGCUGUUGGACUUGGACGCCGCCAUAUGUCUCUGCACCACGAUCAGGCUCAAGCUUUUGAACAUCAAUAUUAUAUUACCCAUCGCUCUUCAGCUCCUCAUCGAUUGCGGCAAGACUCCACCUUCGGGAUUCCAGUGUCCGGCACAAUGAUGAAAACUGAAACAUGUUCUUCCCACAGAACAAGUAUAACAAAUGUCUUACGUCAUGUUAUAUGUUUUUAAUAAUCCCUGGUGUUUUGCCGGUUGAUGCAUAAGUGAUUUGAUUCUCAUCGUAGAGACAUGUUGAGGUUUUAGAUGUUAGUUCUUUUCAUAGAUGUUGAAUGUAGUAUGAUGUUGUUUCAUUCUAUUUUC